AUCGUUCGGCACUGUCAUCCGAAGUAAGCUCCAGUAGCUGAACGCAAGUGCGCAUGAAUUUUAUUUUGGUCUGCUGUUUACAAAUCUGGAGGGAGGGGCUGUUCGUAUGUCAGGCUGACCGUGCAGAUUACAAUGCUUAAAUAUUGGUGUUCCGUGUGGAAGUGAACGAGUCCGAACAAGAACGAUGAGCCGCGUGAGAAGUUGUAAACUCUUGGUGGUGGGUGCAGGAUCAGCGGGCUGUGCAACAGCUGCCAUGUUUGGCAGAUUACUGCCAAAACAUAGUGUUGUACUGCUUGAUGCUGCCAAAGAGCAUUAUUACCAACCCAUGUUCACUCUCAUUGGAGGCGGCCUGAAAAAUUUCAAGCAGUGUGUAAGACCUAUGAAUGAAGCAGUUCCUAAAAAUGUAACAUGGGCUCAAGACAGUGUUGAGUCAUUUCAUCCUGACAAAGAUUGUGUGCGUACUGCACAAGGAGAUGAAAUAUCUUAUGAUUUCAUGGUGGUAGCAGUUGGCAUAAGGCCAAAUUAUGACAAGAUUGAAGGACUGAAAGAUGCACUUGACUGCAAGGGAAGUGGGGUGUGCACUAUUUAUUCUCCUGUGUAUGUGCAAAAGACCUUUGAAGAAUUAAAGGUAUUCAAAGGAGGUAAUAUGAUUUUUACUCAGCCAUCAACACCAAUUAAAUGUGCAGGUGCACCACAGAAAAUAAUGCAUCUUGCAGAAGAACACUUGCGAAAGUGCAACAUUAAAGACAAAGCAGAAAUCAGCUUUAUAACUGGCCUUCCAGUCUUAUUUUCAGUUAAAAAAUAUGAGGAGGCAUUGAAAGACCUUGCCAGUCAAAAGUCUAUACACACAGUAUUUGAGAAAGAUGUUAAGUCAAUAAAUCUUGGCACUAAGGAAGUUACUGUGCAAAGUACAAAAAACACUGAAGAAAUAUCAAAAUAUAAGUUUGACUUCUUGCAUGUGGUACCACCACACCAGACACCAUAUGCUUUAAGAGGAAACAAAGAGUUAGCUGAUUCUGAUGGUUAUUUGACUGUUAACAAAUACACUCUUCAGCAUAACGUCUUCAAAAAUGUAUUUGGAAUAGGUGACUGUGCUAAUCUUCCUACAUCAAAGACAGCUGCAGCUAUUGCUGCACAGACAGGAGUGUUGUAUAAAAACUUGAAACAAGUUAUGGAAGGAAAUAAAUCAAAAUUAGCGGAGUAUGAUGGGUAUACAUCAUGUCCUCUUGUUACUGGCCAAAGAAAAUGUAUCCUGGCAGAAUUUGAUUAUGAUCGCAAUCCGUUGGAGACCUUUCCAGUUGACCAAGGAAAAGAAAGGAUGUUGUUCUACUGGAUGAAAGCGCAUGUGUUGCCUCCUGUUUAUUGGAGCAUGAUGCUGAGGGGUUAUUGGCAUGGACCAGCAUUACUGAGAAAGAUUCUGCACUUGGGCUGAAAGGUUAUUUACAAAGUCUCCCUUGAUUUUUUAAUGGUGGUGAAAUGAAACCUACUUACGUAUAACUUAACAAGUGUUUCUAAGCAUGUAAAUAGUGUACAUAAACAAAUGAGAAAUAUUUUAAAUAUGGAGAAAUAAAAUAAAUUUAUAUUAUUCA